AUGACCUUUUUAGGAAUGGACUCAGAAUUAACUAAAUUAAUUAAAACUGAUAAAUCUUUUCGUGAAAAAACUGAUGUGGAUUAUCAUAAAGGCAAUAGUCCAUUGUUAAAUUUUAAAAUUGAUAUUACAUUAUCAGUGUACAUGCAUAAUGUUUGUUUGGGUGUUAUGAAGAGAAUGCUACAAUUUUGGUUGAAAGGACCAAGGCCAGUUAGACUUAAUAAAAUAGAUAUUGACAUUAUUUCUUCAGAACUUAUAAAUUUUAAAAAAACAUUUCUUGCGGAAUUUAGUAGGCUACCUAGGUCGCUUGAAGAAGUUGAAUUUUGGAAAGCCGCUGAAUACAGAUCAUUUUUACUCUAUACUGGGCCUAUUGUCUUGAAGGGGAGAUUAAAGAAAAAAUUCUACGAGCAUUUUAUUAUUAUUCAUACAGCUAUUUGCUUUCUUGCUUCUAAUGAGACUUACUUAACUUAUAAUGAUAUGGCUACAACAUUAAUUAGAAAAUUUGUCUAUGAUUAUUCAAUUUUGUAUGGAAAUGAAUUCAUAACGUACAAUGUUCAUAGUUUAAUACAUUUAUCUAAUUUUGUAAAACAUCAUAGACCACUAGAUUCUUUCAGCGCAUUUAAAUUUGAAAAUUAUUUGCAGUUUGUUAAAAAAAGCUUAAAAAAUGCAACAUUUCCCCUUCAAGAUAUUUAUAACCGUAUUAUACAACAUAGAGAACUUCAAUUACAAUCAAACGGUCAUUUUAUUUUAAAAGAUAAUAGUAUUGUGGUUGUAAAAUUUUUUAAAAUAUUUCAAUGGUCAAAUAUUGAGUUAGAAGUAGUGAAGUAUAAUACUUAUUCUGCAAUGUCUAAUACUAACUCUAUAAUUGAAUCAAAUAUUGUUGGAUCAUUUUAUGGUUAUUGUCAUUAG